CCAGCGGACGGUUUCAAGUUCCCCCCUCUGCUGAAACCCUGCCUGAUUUGUGGGCAAUGUUGGGAUGUUAAAAAAAAAAGGAAAUCGGAGCAUAGAGAGAGAGAGAGGGAGAGCGAGAGAGAGAGAGAGAGGGAGACAACACUAACUGGGUAGCUAUGGAGAUAGCAGCUUUUCCUGCUAGCUUUCUUUGACAGGUGCCGAGUGGGAUAAAAUAAAGUCGCCGAGAAGCCUCCACCAUGUACGGCAAGGGCAAAGGAGCCGUGGUCCCUUCCGACAGCCAAGCCAGAGAAAAGUUGGCGUUGUAUGUGUACGAGUAUCUGCUACACGUGGGAGCACAGAAGUCCGCACAGACCUUCUUGUCUGAGAUCCGAUGGGAGAAGAACAUCACGUUAGGGGAGCCACCUGGAUUUCUCCAUUCGUGGUGGUGCGUAUUCUGGGACUUGUACUGUGCAGCUCCAGACCGAAGGGAGACAUGCGAGCACUCCAGUGAGGCCAAGGCCUUCCAUGACUAUAGCGCAGCGGCAGCGCCCAGCCCGGUGAUGGGCAACAUGCCCCCCAACGAUGCCAUGCCGGGCGGUCCUAUGCCUCCAGGCUUCUUCCAGGGACCACCCGGCUCUCAGCAGUCCCCUCACGCACAGCCCCCCCCACACAACCCAAGCAACCCCAUGAUGGGACCGCAUGGCCAGCCUUUCAUGUCACCACGGUACCCAGGUGGACCGCGUCCCGCUCUCCGAAUGCCAAAUCAGCCUCCAGGUGGAAUCCCUGGAUCUCAACCUCUCCUGCCAAACAGUUUGGACCCGACACGGCCACAAGGACAUCCAAACAUGGGCGGUCCAAUGAGAAUGAACCCUCCUCGAGGAAUGGCCAUGGGCCCACAGAAUUACGGGGGUAUGAGGCCUCCUCCCAACUCCAUGGGCGGCCCCAUGCCAGGGAUGAACAUGGGUCCAGGUGGAAGAGGGCCAUGGCCGGGUCCUAACGCUAACUCGAUAGCGUACUCCUCCUCAUCUCCAGGAAACUACGUGGGUCCACCAGGCAGCGGAGGUCCACCCGGAACUCCAAUUAUGCCCAGCCCAGGUGACUCAACUAACUCCAGUGAAAACAUUUACACCAUGAUGAAUCCUAUUGGACCCGGAGGCAACAGACCCAAUUUCCCAAUGGGACCCGGGCCUGACGGACCGAUGGGCGCUAUGGGAGCCAUGGAGCCGCACCACAUGAACGGAUCACUUGGGUCUGGAGACAUGGAUGGCUUGCCAAAGAGUUCUCCUAAUAACAUGGGGGGUAUGAGCAACCCACCCGGAACGCCGCGAGACGACGGCGAAAUGGGCGGCAACUUUUUGAACCCAUUCCAAAGUGAAAGUACCUCCGGAGCAGCCCUGGAGCACGCUGGGACUCUAAUCAAGACGGGCCCUCCGGGAGCGUGCAAGAUGGCCACCGGCCCGAGCAGGAAGCUGUCACAGAGCAACAGGAAGAGCCUCUUCUCCGACCCGGGCCCGAGCCUCCCCGGCUUCCUGUCCGCUUCUAGACAAUGAGGACACACUGGAGGGCGAGGAAGGAGACUGAACGAGGACACAAUGUUGGCUCUCUUCUGGAAACCUCAUCAGAUUUGAGUUUUUUUUUUUUUUUUUUCAAGUUUCGAAACGUGCUGUUGCGAACGGAUCGAACGGACGUGACCUCCCUGACCCUUGACAUUAUUCUCUGUUUGUGUACAUUUUCAACAGAGGUGUUGUGAUAAUCCGUGAAUUUUACGAUUUUUGUUCUCCCCCUAUUUUAUGUAUGUGUUGUAUCAUUGCUGUUUUUAUUUUAAUAUUGUAUUAUUGUUAUUAAUUAUAUUGCUAUGGUAAUUUUUAAAGAUUAGGAUCAAAUUAUUAGUUUUUUUUUUUUUUUACUUUGAAGGCAAAUGAAAGACAUGUAUCUCCAAGUUAGUUUGUUUUCUUUGUAUUCCAAAGAUUUUUGGAAUGAGAUAGGUGAUAAAUAUUAAUACCCACCAAAAAUAAGGAUAAAAAUACAAUUUUUAUUUUUUUCCAUCAACUUUUCCUGUUUAUUUUAUUUUAUUUUUGAAAUACUCUAUUGGCCGUAAAUGUUUUGGGGUAUUGGAAGAAAAUGUAGUGAUGCAUGCUUUUCAACCAAUCCAAACUUUAGUGAUGUGACCACACUGCCCCCUACCGGUAAGACUACAGUACAUCACUUGCUAAUGAAAACUUCUCUCCAAAUUGCGUUUUUAAAUCAGAAAACGCUCCUUUAAUUUUUCUUCCUCUUUUUAAAUACAGUCAAUUAUUUCAAAAAUUGGACAAAAACGCUUAUUAUUAUUUUUUUUUACUUUUUGAGGUGAUUUAAGGAAAAUAUGGAGAUCCAUGCUUUAUUAUGGUUGCCGAUCACAAUUGUGUGUGCACAAAUCUAAACUUUAACGACGUGACGUCACUUCCCCCCUGAAGCUAAGACUACAAUAUAUCCACCAUUUUUUGACAUAUUUUAGAUGAACAUAAAACUACACCAACAUUUGGAUAAAAACACAUCUGUUUGGAAGAUUGUUGUACAUUUUUGCAUAACAUUACAUGGUAAUGAACACAUGUAUCUCCAAAUUGUGUUGUUGUUGCUUUUAACUUUUUGUUUUGGUGCAAAAAAUACCCAAUGUAUUUAAAAAAAUAACCCUUCUGUAUUUUAUUGGCGGGAUUUAAAAAUAAUGGAGAUGCAUGUUUUCACAAGUCAGCAACAAUAUUGUGCGCACAAAUCCAAACACUAAUGGUGUGACGUCACUGCCCCCUCCUGGUCAGACUGCAGUAUAUCACUAAUGAAAAACACAUUUUUUAAUUCAAAACCCCUCCUUUUUUCUUUUUUUUAAUACAGAAAUGUACUCCAAAAAAUUUGGACAAAAACACUAUUUUUUACUUUUUGAGGGGAUUUAAGGAAAAUAUGGAGAUCCAUGCUUUAUUAUAGUUGUGUGUGCACAAAGCUAAACUUUAAUGAUGUGACGUCACUGCUGCUAAGGCUACAAUAUAUCCACCAAUUGGCCUAUUUUUGACCCUCUACUUUGGAUACACAUAAAACUACACCAAAUUCUGUAUAAAACACACUUCUUUAGAAUAUUGUUGUACAUUUUUGCACAGCAUUACAUGAUAAGGAAAACAUGCAUCUCCAAAUUGUGUUGGGGUUUUUUUUUUAUUUGAAAACACUAUUUGUUUUUUUAUGCAAAAAACACUCAAAAAUGUUGUAUAAAAAAACCCAUUCUGUGUUUGUUUUUUUGGCCUGAUUAAAAAAAAAAUUGGAGAUCCAUGUUUCCACUAGUCAGCAGCAACAAUUUUGUGCACACAAAUCCCAAUUUUCAUGACGUUACGUCACUGCCCCCUCCUGGUCAGACUGCAGUAUAUCACUAAUGAAAACAUGUAUCUCUGAUGUAAUGAUGUGACGUCACUGCUGCUGAGACUACAAUAUAUCUACAAAUUGGCCUAUUUUUGACCCUCUAUUUUGGAUAAACAUGAAACUGCACUGAAAUGUGUAUAAAACACACUUCUUUGUUAGAUUGUUGUACGUUUUUGCAGAGCAUUACAUCAUAAUGAAAACAUGUACCAGUAUCUCAAAAUUGUUUUUUUUCUCAUUUGAAAACGUUAUUUGUUUUUCAUGCAAAAAAUACUAAAAAAUGUUUUUUUUAAAAGACAUUCUGUGCUUUUUUUUGGCCUGAUUUAAAAAAAAGAAAAGGACAUCCAUGUUUUGAGUAGUCAGCAGCAACAAUUUUGUGCACAUAAAUCCAAAUGUUAAUGUUGUGACGUCACUGCCCCCUCCUGGUCAGACUGCAGUAUAUCACUUACUGAUGAAAACAGGUAUCUCUGAACUUUCAUUUUUGAAUUCAAAAACCCUCCUUUCAUUUUUUUCAUUUAUUUUUUUGGAUACAGAAAUUUACUCAAAAAAUUUUGGAGGAAAACACUAUUUUUUUAUUUUUUUUUUGUUUAUUUUUUUUAACUUUUUGAGUGGAUUUAAGAAAAAUAUGGAGCUCUUUAUUAUAGUUGUGUGUGCACACUGCUAAAUUUUAAUGAUGUGACGUCACUGCUGCUAAGACUACAAUAUAUCCACCAAUUGGCCUAUUUUUGAUCCUCUAUUUUGGAUAAACACAAAACAAUAAUAACACAAUUGUUUGGAAGAUUGUUGUAAAUGUUUGCAUGAUAAUGAAAACAUUUAUGUCCUUUUUUUUUUUUUUUUCAUUUGAUUACCCUUUUUUUUUGGUGCGAAAAAUACCCCAAAAAAUUUACAAAAACAUUUUGUUCUUUUUUUGGAGAUCCAUGUUUUUACUAGUCAGCAACAAUUUUGUGCGCACAAAUCCAAAUUUUCAUGACGUGACGUCACUGCCCCCUCCUGGUCAGACUGCAGUACAUCACUAAUGAAAACAUGUAUCUCUGAUGUAAUGGUGUGACGUCACUGCUGCUAAGACUACAAUAUAUCCACAAAUUGGCCUAUUUUCGACCCUCUAUUUUGGAUGAACAUGAAACUGCACUAAAAUGUGCAUAAAACACACUUCUUUGUUAGAUUGUUGUACGUUUUUGCAGAGCAUUACAUGAUAAUGAAAACAUGUAACAGUAUCUCCAAAUUUUUUUUCAUUUGAAAACGCUAUUUGUUUUUUAUGCAAAAAAUACUCAAAAAUGUUGUUGUUUUUUUUUAAAACAUUGUGUGCUUUUUUUUUGGCCUGAUUUUUUUUUUUAAAUGGACAUCCAUGUUUUCACUAGUCAGCAGCAACAAUUUUGUGCGCAUAAAUCCAAAUUUUAAUGACGUGACGUCACUGCCCCCUCCUGGUCAGACUGCAGUAUAUCACUUACUAAUGAAAACGUGUCUCUGAACUUUCAUUUUCGAAUUCAAAAAACCCCCUUUCAUUUUGUCUUUUUUUGGGGAUACAGAAAUUUACUCGAAAAAAUUUGGACAGAAACACAAUUUUUUUAUUUUUUUUACUUUUUAAGUGGAUUUAAGAAAAAUGUGGAGAUCCAUGCUUUAUUAUAGUUGUGUGUGCACAAAGCUACAUUUUAAUGAUGUGACGUCACUGCUGCUAAGACUACAAUAUAUCCACCAAUUGGCCUAUUUUUGACCCUCUGUUUUAGAUAAACACAAAACAAUAACACAAUUGUUUGGAAGAUUGUUGUAAAUGUUUGCAUGAUAAUGAAAACAUUUAUCUCCUUUUUUUCCUUCAUUUGAUUACCCUUUUUUUGGUGCAAAAAAUACUCAAAAAUGUUGUUUACAAAAACAUGUUGUCCUUUUUUUUGGAGAUCCAUGUUUUUACUAGUCAGCAACAAUUUUGUGCACACAAAUCCAAAUGUUAAUGAUGUGACGUCACUGCCCCCUCCUGGUCAGACUGCAGUAUAUCACUUACUAAUGAAAACGUGUUUCUCUGAACUUUCAUUUUUCUUCCUUUAAAAGGACUGCAAAAACACUAUUUUCCAUACUUUCUAAUCAUAAUUAUGUGUGUAAAAAUUUAAAUUUGAAUGCUGGGACGUCACUGCUCUUUGCUGCUAACCAAUUGGCGUAUUUUUGACCCCCCCUUUUUUUUUUUUUUUUUUUUUUUUAGAUAAACAUAAAACUACAUCCACAUUUGGAUUGAAACACAAUUGUUUGGAAGACUUUUGUACAUUUUUGCAUUGCAUUAUUAGAUGAUGAAAACAUGUAUCUCCAAACAGUGUUUUAUUUAAAAACGCUCAUGAUUUAUUUAUUUAUUUUUUGGGCGGGAGGGUCCAAAAAUACUCUCAAAUUUUGUACAAAAAAACGACUUUUUUUUUUUUUGGGGCAAGAUUUUUGAGAACAUUUGGAGAUGCAUGCUUUUUACUAGUCAUGCACGCACACGUGUCCAAGUGGUAGACAUGGAUGGAUGGAUGGGAAUCCAAACUUUAAUAUGACCUCAAUGAUAAAACUGGUUUUAUUGAUUGAUUAAUUGAUUGAUUGGUUGAUUGAGACUUUUAUUAUUAGAUUGCACAGUACAGUAGAGAUUCCGUGCAAUUGACCACUAAAUUGUAACACUUGAAUAAGUUUUUCAACUUGUUUAAGUCGUUUCCAAGUAAAUCAAUUCAUGGUUAGAUUAGUUGUUUUGUUGUUGCCUAGCAACAAAUAUUAUUGAAAACAUGUAUCUCCAAAUUAGGGUGUUUUUUUUUUUUAACGCUCUUGUUUUCUUUAUUUUUUUCUUUGUCCAAAACAUUUUGAUUCAAAUCGACAUGUUCUUUGAUGUUUGGAAGAUUAAAAAAAUGGAAAUACAA